AUGAGUAUGAUACUUGCGCCUUACAACGAUGCCAUGCGCAUCGGGCAAGGCUUCAAUUCUUAUACCCAUGAGAUGUGUAUCGAUGGAGCAGUUCUAGUUGAUGGGGACCAUGACGAGAAAACUCAGGCACGAACUGUUGUUUCUUACUCGGCGAGGGCUGUUGAGAAACUCAGUGACGUUAUCCAGACUAUGAACAUUUCAUACCCUCAUUCUAUCAAGAAGGGUAGUGUUACUGUCAGUGGCUCCAACACAGCCAUUGAUGAGGCUACCUUCAAAUCCGCAGACAUCAACAUCAUCGUCACCGUCAAGGUAACCAAUCAGACAACUCUUAUCAAGAGCAAUGCCAGAUUCGUUCCGUUGAAGGAUGUAGAGCCCGGAUCCCAAGAGUUUCAUGACUCGUACGGUGAUUCGUACAUCUCUGGAUUCAUCCAGGGUGGAGAAUUUACUGGCAUCAUCUCUAUCAAGGUACUUGACCGAAGCAAUGUUGAUCUCACUGUCAAGAAAAUCAAGGCCAGGCUUGAUGCGAAAGACAACAGUGCAACUUCUACAGGAUUGAACCUCAACAGUAAUGACUUGUUCUCUUCUACUGGUUCCGCGUCUGUGAUGGGCAAAACCGAGAGUCAUAUCCACGUUUCCUGGAUGGGUGGAGGCCAAAUCAAAAAUGAAAACACGCCUUGGGACAUUGAUUCGAUCUUCAAAACCGCUGCCGCGUUUCCUCAGAGGGUUUCUGAGCGGCCUCAGCGGACUUGGGCGAUACUGACAAAGUACAAGUCGAACCGGUCAUUCAUGGACUGGGCUAGUAUCAAGCAGAUCAAAACUCUCGAGUACGAUCUAAUCGGCACUUAUACAGCUGAGCUAUUUGACAGUUACAUGGACUACAAAAUCCUAUUGAAGUACGUCCAGCUUAUCAUAGACAACCCAGAGAGCUAUGAGGCAGUCGACGGUAAGGACGCAUUUGACACAUCCAUCGAAACACUACUAGGUGUUCGCCUCUAUAUGCGACAACAGCAAGCCAUGAUUGUCGAGGCCAUUUCUCUUCUUGGCCGCGACCCGGGAAUCCUUGAACGACAGGAUGGAUGGGCGACCACGCGGCUAACCACAUCAUUGAGUCGAUUCAUGAGCCAGGCUAAGGGUUGUGAUAUUAGCCUGGGAGUCGUCAAGGCUCGCCAUGAAGCAGCAGAAAAGAAGUCUUCGACAACGCCAGACUUCAAUUUCAACGCCUUAAUACCAGCAGACCUUUGGAAGAAAUGGUUACCAGUGCCCAAAUCUGAUUCCGCUCCGUCGACUGAAAAACCAAGUAAAGGGUCAGAGGAACAUCCGUUUUCUGGUGUAGGCCCGCCGCCUUCUGAUGACUUGAACUGGGGGAAAUCUUCCCAGACUAGAGAUUCGGGUAGUAGCAAGAGUGGCGAUAAUGUCGCCGUUCUUCAAGGGAGAGUUGACGCUCUCGUCAGCGACCUGCAACGCAAGACGGACGAGCAUGCCGGUCUGAUUGAUAAGCUCAAAUCAGACCAUGUAGCCCAGUUGGAAAGCUUGAGAGAAACCCACAAAGGAGAACUCGAAAGCAAGUCCGCAGAGCAGGCAACAAAGCUUCAGGGCGCACUUGACAAGCUUAAAGCAAAUGAUACUGAUUUGGCCGAUUUGAGGAAGAAACACGACGAAGAAACAGAGAUCAUGAAUCAUAAGCUAAGUGCAUACGUGAAUCUGGAAGCAGAGGGAAAGAGCGAAAUCGACAAAACGAUUGAACGUCUGACGAAAGACAAGAAUGAAGCAAUCAAUGCUUUGGAAAAGAAGAAGCAAGAUGAAUAUGACGAUUUGAAAACAAAAUAUGACGCUUUGGAGGAACAGAAGCGGACCGAAAUGCUUCGCGUCGAAAAGGAAAAGAAAGACGAACUCGAUGCACUCCGACAAGACAAGGACGCCACCUACAAAAACUUGGACGUUUUAUACAGGUCUCUAAAGGACAGCUCUGACAAAUUGACGAAGGAAAAUGCCGCCUUGACAAGCGACAAGAACAAGCUGACGAGCGACAAGGACAAUUUAACGAGAAACAACAACAUCCUAACGGCACAGAAUGGCUCUUUGACGACCCAACUGGACCAGAAAAAUACUGCGUAUAAUAUUUUAUCUGGGGAACGUACAAACUUGAAGGCCUUGUACGAGCCUACAAACGAUGCCAUGGUGGCGAAGUUUACCAAGUUGACGACAGAGUAUGCAAAUUUGACUACCAAGUAUGUCAGUUUAACAACGGAGUGGAACAACCUAAAUGGAAUCAACGACAAACUGAAAACCAAGAUGAGAUGGGCCGAGUUGACCGAGGAUAGCCUACAGCAUAACUGUCUGCCCAAUGGUUACAAUGGCUGGUAUGUGAUGAUUCUCAUGCCGCACAGCUGGAUGGCUUUGAACGCAAACAAAGAUAGCCAGAAGAUGGCCCACGCCUGGGAGUUCGACAUGACGAGCAAUGAUGAACAAUUCCGCCUCGACAAAGCUGAUGACAAACCCAACACUGCCUGGACUAUCACUAGCGUGAGGAGUGGAAGACUACUUACGUGUGAUGACAACAGAACUGGCACUGAUAUCCGUGUGAGAGACAAGAAUGACCCAGCAAUCCGAGGUCUUUCUGCGCAUUGGUACAUUGGUCGUGGAGCAGAAAAACAAUUCACUUGGGUAUUCAAAAAUGCUCAAUGGAACACAUGCAUUAAACUUCAACAAGGUUGGAAUAGCGAUGGGCGAGGGGCGUGGCAACAGCCAUAUUGCAACGAUGGCGAUGCAAACUGGGUUAUUAUUCCUCUUGGUCGUAAGCCGGAACCAAAGCCUUAG